AUGGCGUUUGAAGAGCUCGUCGGGACCUGGGAAGAUGGGCAAGGGACCGAGUACAGGGUCUCCCGAGAUGGGCCGACCCGCUGGACUGUGGAAACUUGCCGCCCAGGUGGCCGACGCCGCGUGACAAAGGGUCUGCUUAAAGUGUGGGAGGGUGCAGUGUACUGGGGGUCAUCUUACUACUUGGACGAUUGGCCUGACAAUGGAGCGAAGCGGCUCACUUGGCAGCCGCUUAAGGAGGGAAAAGCUGCAUACCAGUGGCACCCAGUGCACCCAGUAGCCGAGCAGGGCAGCGAGAAACGCUGCUGGCAUCCGAAGAACGAAGACACCAAAGGCCGCGAAGGCCGUGCGAAGGCGACGAAAGAAACCGCAUGCCAGACGGAAGAAGCAGAAGCAGAGGAAGCAGCGGAAGCUGCGGAAGCUGCGGAAGCAGCGGAAGCAGCGGAGAUGAUCGUGCGCAUCACCGGCAAGUGGAAGGAUGAGAAUGGCAGCCGCUACGAGGUGGUGCCGGAUUCCGGGUCCAUGUCGUGCACGGUGGUGACCACACGGCCGACUGGCAGGGUCCUCAAAACGGCUGGGCUCAUCAAGUUCGACGCCGACGAGCGGUGUGUGUACUGGGGGAGCAAGUUUCGUCUUGAGCUCACGGACAGCCAGUCCUGUAUGUGGGUUCCGAUACGGAAUGGCAAGCCCUUCUGCUGGCAAGCAGACAGUCCCAGACCCAUCGUGAUGCCCACGAGCGCCCUGCCAAAAGCCCAGAACCUCGUCGAGGCAUCUGCCCAGUUGCAAGACCUACUCGGAAUUAUGAAGGUCCCAGUGAAGGUUCCUCCGCCACCACCCAGCCGGGGUGCAGCACCGAAGAAGAUCUACAACCGCCCACUGAGAAGCUCGACGAAGAGUUCCUGA